UGUUCCGAGAAGCAUGGCCCUGGGAAGUCCCGGACUUAUCGGGUAUAAAUCGUACGCCGGGGCGAUUGGAAGGCGCUAAUCGAUGCGCGGAAGGUUAUCCGGGAAGGUUGCACCCCUAUCGGCUAUCGGUCAGUAGCAGCGUCUUAUCGGAACUAACCUACUCCGAUACCGGACACUUGAUCCGGAUGUACGAUAACUGAGUUGGUAUAAAUAGUUGGAUCAAUUCCUUUCGAAGGUAUAGUUUGGUACCUCCUCCAAGUGUGACAACAUCCAACGAUGAAGCUGUUCCUUCUGCUGGCAACCUGCGCCCUGGCCGCAACGGCCUACCCGGGAACUCCGCAGCGACCCCGUCCCUGGUGGAACUCGUUGGAAGCUACCGAAGGUCGCAUCGUGGGCGGCUUCGAAGUGGACAUCAAGGACGUCCCCUACCAGGUGUCGCUGCGCUCGUUCGGAAGUCACAUCUGCGGCGGUUCCAUCAUCAGCAAGCGCUGGAUCUUGACGGCGGCGCACUGUGCCUCCAGUGCGGAUCGGCCUAAGGAAACCAUUCGGGUCGGAUCUUCGGAGAAGGGCUCCGGCGGACAGAUCCUGAAGCUGAAGCGGAUCGUGCAGCACCCGCAGUACGACGGAAGCAUCAUCGACUACGACUUUUCGCUGCUGGAACUCGCCGAAGAGCUGGAGCUGGACGACAGUCACACCACGAUCGCGCUGCCCGAGCAGGACGAACCCGUUACGGAUGGGGCCAUCUGCCGAGUGUCCGGAUGGGGUAAUACCCAGAGCUCUCAGCAGUCGAACAAGUUCCUGCGGGCCACCGACGUGCCGUCGGUGAACCAGGACAAGUGUUCGGAGGCGUACUCGGACUUUGGCGGGGUCACGCCGCGGAUGAUCUGCGCUGGGUACCAGGAGGGCGGUAAGGACGCCUGCCAGGGUGACUCCGGUGGUCCGCUGGUUUCGGGAGGGAAGCUCGUUGGAGUGGUGUCCUGGGGAUACGGCUGCGCCGUUGCCGGAUAUCCGGGCGUCUACUCGCGGGUCGCUUCGGUCCGCGACUGGAUCAAGGAGGUCAGCGAUGUGUAGAGAUCUGAUUACAAUAAACUGCUCAAAAUAA